AUCUCAUAACUGUUCUUUGCAGAAAAUGUGUUUGUACACAAUUUGGUUAAUAUGUUUGGUUGAUGAUGCCAAGUGUUGAAAUCAAUAUUGUAGCCUAUUUGAAUUUUGCAUUGUUGGGAAAUUGGGUGUUUGAUACCUGUGAUUGUGAGCACAUGUCCCCCUGGUGGCUGAAGACAGAACCAACAAUUCGGGUUGGAAUACCCAGAAUGCAACAGGGAUCACCUAAGCAACGUAACGCUUCCAGAAAUCAAUAAUAAAGAUGGACGCCUUUGUUUGGGUGCUGAUAACUUUGCAUUCAUGGCCAUUUUUUAAGUUCAGUGUAGCACAAAACAGGGACGAUUUCAAUUAUACGUUUGCACGCGCUAACGAUUCGGUCAUCGAUUUGUUUGGUAAGCAUAAUUUCACGGAUUACGAGAAUUCCACCGCUCUAGACGCUGAGAUUGUUUCAACUGGACCGACUGUGGUUAGCACAAGAGAAGGGACUGGUUUUAGCACACCGUCAACCACAGAGUCCACGUCCACGCCACCGUCGAUGUCUCCUCAAGUACCUCUGCCGCUCUCCGGCUCCCUGCCUCCCUCUGUCACGGAUGUUUCCAGAAUUUGCCCGUGCGAUCAAUCAAAGGACCAGUGUGACCCCAACUGUUGCUGUGACCCAGACUGCAGCGAAGAAUUCGCUCUCUUCACCGGCUGUACAGUGGAAACAGUCCGUGGUGAGCCGAAGCUUUGCAGUCAGGACGUGGCCACCUACACCAUUAGUGAAACUAUAGACGGCUAUGCUCAGGUGCAGACGUCUGUCCAGCAGGAGGUUAACCUAGACGUCUUCUGCAUACAGUCAACUAACUAUGAGGCAGGACUGUCCCUCGCCACACCUGAGGUUCCUACCGCAGGGAACUUUGAUGGCCUCUACAAGCACUUUGUGCAGUUCUUGUUUGGUUCUGCCAAUAAUGGGGCCACAUCGUCUACAGUGGAACCCCUAACCUCACAUGGAUACCUGUACAGAGAUGUCAUAGAAACGGAGGAAGAAAGUGGAGGAAGGGGGUUCUUCCGGUUGCCGGCCCCCUCUGUUACGGCCCACUGCUCUGACCUGAACCCUGCAGCGUUCCUGAGGGAGCAGAGCAAUAGAUGCGUGCGGAGCCUGGUCCUGGAGUGGGACUGUACCACCUUGCAGGCCCUGAACAUGCACAGCUACACUGGCCCCCGCCUCCUCUCUAAGAAGAGUGAAGAUGCGCGGGUUGUGGCUGUGGAGGUGACCUCCAUCGUCCUGCAAUCUUUGGAGGGGACUCAGACCCAGCUGAACCUCACUGGUGACUUGAGCCUGGACCCGCUACUGUUGGGCCCUGACUCAGCAGUGUGCAUCAAUGUGGUGCUCCAGGUUGGUUACACGGUCACGUACAGUGAGGCUGGAGACAUUGUGAAUGUGACCGCGUCCUUGGUACUUGGAGCCAUUGACCGUAACAUGGUCCCAAUGGAGCAGGAGUUUCAAAUUGCAUUCGUCCAGCAGAAUGUGGACGAAGUGGCGCGCCACUCCAGUGGGAAUCCUGGUUAUGUUGUGGGGCUCCCUCUAAUGGCUGGAUCCAAAACAGCAGAUGGAAUAGUUCAGAGUGCUGAUUCGAGGGGAGCUCUUACCCUCCUCCAUGGCUCCAAACUGUCAGACUGUCUCAGAGGGCCCCAUCACCGCUCCCCUGUCCUGUUCGGGGUUGACAUGGUGUCAGGCUGCACGUUGAGGUUGGAUGAGACUGCUAACUGCUCAGUGGUAUCAGAAGUGGUUCUAGGAGUAUUGAGGGGACAAAGCUUCCCCCAGUAUGUGGCCUCUUUUGGGAAUUCCCCACCUCAGAACCCAAUGGACUGGGUGCCAAUAAGGAACCAAACCAAACCUACGGAAGCUCAGAGUUGCAGCAUUCCCCUGUCUCUUCACCUGGAAGUGCAAUGGACCCAAUAUGGAUCCCUGGUGAACCCGCAGGCUCAGAUUGUCAGUGUCAUUGAAGUGAUUCACACCAACACCAGCAACCUGGCAUUACUCUCUGGAGGCAGCCGUGUCAUGUCUGUCACCAGCUCUGUGACCUUCGUACCUGUGUCUGCAGCCGCCCGGCCGGGCUUCAAGGCCUCGCCCACUAUCGACGCCAAGCUGCCAUACGACUUCUUCUUCCCUUUUGUGUGAACGACUGACAGACGGAAGAGUGGGCAGGUGUUGCGCACACACACACACACACGAGAAACCGCGGCUAUGUUUUAAUAUCCUCACCAGCAUAUGUCUUAGAAUGCAUGGUCAAUACAUUGCUUAAUUCUUAGUGAAAUGCUAGUGUGGAUAUUGGAACAGCGCCUCUCUUUAGUCACCUGGUACACUGACCAAAAUGUAUGGCAAAAAAACCCUGAUUUUGCACUGAUGGUUCUCUGAUGGCACUCAAAUGCUGUUAUUUAUUUGUACAUACUGUAGUUUAGAUCAAAUGAGAUAGCUGGAGAAUUCUUUUUUAUUUUUAACAACAUUUCAUAAUACUUUCACAGUGAUUCAUACUUGUAUUGUCUUUGCAUAGCAAGCAACAGUGGGAUUCAGAAAAACAGCAAGAUGCAACAAAUUCAUUACAGGAUGUUAUGUACAAAACAUUAGCUGUCAAUUCAUUGCUU